GCUUCCCGUAGUCAACAGCCUGGGCGUCGCUGCGCUGCGUAGAAACCCAACACCUCACAACAGCGCCAGUAGAACCGUGGGCGUCUCUUAUAUAAAGAAAAACUCGAUAUAAAGCGUGAAAAAAGAAAGAAAAUGCACUCGGCCGCGCUGGACAGCAGUGGUUCACCGAGGAAGCGGACUGUUUCUCGGGGAAUGAGCGAGGACGAGUCCCUGCGCAGCAUCAUAAAGGAGACGGAGAGCUCCUCCAGACGGCUGCCCCGGAGCGACAGCAGGACAGGAACCCUGAGGAAGAGGACCGACAGCCAGCAGUCCGACCAGGACCUCUUCAUGGGACUCCCAGAUAUGUUGGAGCUGCAGGCCAGCUACGACGAGGCGGUCCAGGAGCUGCGUGGGCUGGAGGUUGAGCGAGAGGCUCUGUUGUUCCAGGUGGACGUCCUGCAGGACUCUCUGGAGGGCGUAGAGGAGCUGCUGGCCGAAGCCCAGAGGGAAGCCGGACAGGCCAGUUUGGCGCUGGAACGCGAGAGAGAGGAGAAGAGGAAACUGGAGAGCCUGGUUUGCUCUCUGAUGAAGGAGGUGGAGAGAUUAAGAGAGGAAGCAACCAGCCACCAUAAAGAAGAGAAAGACUCCCUGCUGUGCGAACCUUGCAGCACCAAGCUUGUCAAUGGCGGGGUGGCGGGUCCAGAGGAAGGGGGACGUCCAACAGGGGACAUUCUCACAAAACCGCGACGGAUGGUCAACCAGCUCCUGGCCCAGAUGCCGUCUCUAGCGCUCGACGGCGUCGUCUCCACCAACGGCGUCCUCCAGAGGCCGUACGAAAACCACAGCCAGGACGGGCGGGAUCCGUCUCCUGACCGGAACGACUCAGACAAAAGUGCCUACGAGGACGCGUCUGCCGAGACUCCGGAGCAGGACCGGACCUUUCCCGGGGACGGAGACCUGCCUCACGAUUCAGAGGACAAAGAAAAAUGUCCAGCUGACGACAGCCAGCCCCGAGACCCCGCCAACCCGGAUGGCUGCGUUUUGUCUUAAAUUCAUCUGAGUUCAAAGGUGAACCUUUUUUUCUUUUCACGUCUGGUAAAAUUCAAGAGCUUUUCCUUUAUAAUUAUCAUCAGAGAAAACUUUGAUCUGAGCUGAUUAAUAAAUCAAAAGCAUUUCAUCAGCUGCGUUUUACACUGAAUGUUUACUGUUUUAGUUGCCCUUUAAGCUAGAUUGCCAAACAUUUCCUAAAAAGGCAAGAACGAGCUUUUUCUUUGUCGCACAUCGAGUCAUUCAGUCGUCAUGAUUUGAACUAGACGGAUACUUUUCCUUCGGCGUCAUUUAUAAUUUUGUAACCAAAUCACUGUAGUACAUAUUCACUACAAAAAAAAGCUCAGGUUUGCCAUGUGAAGCCCACAGACUACAUUUAUAUUAACUGCCAAGAAUAAUGCUGAAGUCGGCCUUUGCUCCUUUCAACAAGGAUAAAGAGGGAAAACUGCUGAGUUAUUUGUCAUCCGGAUUUAUCUGUAUCCAAAACUCUGCAGGAAUCCAGACAUGGACUGUUGCUGUUUUGGUUUUACUGUUUCAUUUCAAAAUAGACCAAUUCUUUUUACUUGAAGCAGAUUUAUGACAUUUAUCUUUGCAUGUUAUCAUAAGAUGCUAGGCACAUUAUUACUAGGGAUUUUUCAAUUAUGGUUAAACACCAUCUAGAUAUACUCUUCAGUCUUAAGAUAUUUUUAUACGGUCCCUUUGAUAUGUUUUGCUCUGAAAGUUUUUAAAAAUAUGGUUGCAUUUGCACUUUUUUUAAGGUCAGAGGUUUGUCAGAUUACAACAGCAGCAACAUUCCUUUCACAACCGAGCGUGUCCGUUUGAAAUAAUCCUCUGAGGUGCAGCAGGAUAAAUAAAUACCGUCUGUCUACAUGGAGACAAUUAUAUGUUUGCACUUUUCUGUGGAACUUGCUGAAGUGUCUGUUUGGACGUCUCUUAUUGCUGUACACUAUUUUUACGUCACAUUUCUCUUCAGUACUUAAGGCAACUGUAAACCGGUUUGUGUCUUUUGUGAUGCAUGAACAGAAACAUAGUCACUAUUUUAUAAACUGCACAUGAAAUGAUUCCUGUACUUUUGCACGAAGUACUUCAAUACAUAUUAUGUAAUAUGUCACUUAGUGCAUCAUUUGUUUCACGUUUUUCUUUCCAGAUCAAGGACAGAUUAUAAAAGUUUGAAACGUAUCACGCUAGGUUAACGUAAAAAUGCUCCUAAUGAGACAAUACUAAUGAAUUCAUGGAUAUCUACAUUGCAUUCAGCUGCAUUUAGCAGACAUGUUGUUGUCAAGCUGCAAAGUAUUUGCCUUUGUAAUGUUUAUUCUUUACCCAAAUGCUGGCUCACACACUAAUACUUGACUGUUUAUCGUUCUGGUUGCCAAGAUACACAAGAUAAUCAACCAUCUCUGAUGCCUUGAUGAGGUUUGUCCUUCUUAAAAUGUCUGUAAGUGCUGUCUGGUCAGAAACAAUCUACAGUAGUUCUAUCAAAUAAACCAUACAAUUUCGGACAUUGUUUAUAAAUGGAUCCUUUAAAUGGUGCCAGCACUGGUCAG